AUGAAGUUGAAACUCUUUGGCGGGCUGUGCUGCCCCGACAGUCUGGUGGCACGGCUCGCGGUGGUGGCGGACGCAGACCCUGCCGUUGCGGCGAGGAUGGCGGACCACGCUAUCACCAUCAUGCUGCUCGUGGCACCCCGAGAUGAUGGUGAUAAUGACGGCGGCAGCAGUAGCGGCAACGCGGCACAAACAACCGCCAGGGGAGGCCCGAGACAUCAUGCUGCUCUCUCUUCGCCUUCGCCGCCGGCUGAUGACGAGCAGAAGCAGUUUGAGUUCAUGGAUGAGCUCAAUGAGUUUGAUGCGCAGAACCGACUCUUUUUUGCGCAGCGGGAGAUGUUGGCGUUUGGCGUCGCGCGAGUCGCGCAGGCUCUCACCGCCAUUCACGCUGUUGCACGCAACAUUGUCAAGUACGACGUGGCGCANUGUUGGCGUUUGGCGUCGCGCGAGUCGCGCAGGCUCUCACCGCCAUUCACGCUGUUGCACGCAACAUUGUCAAGUACGACGUGGCGCAGCGCGACGCGGUCGAGGAGCUCACGCUUCUCGGCCUCAGCGAGGCGACGGCGGUGGCGAUUGUGGCACCUGUGCGCCGCCACCGCGGAGCGCUGGCAGAAAUGCUGCUGCGCCAAACCCCAACGAUCGCCUGUGGGAGUUUUGUGCAGCCCAAUGCCGGCCCUUGGGCGCGACGCCUGGUGGUCUGCGAGAUGGGCUUUGGCGCCCGCGCUUUCCAGCAGGAGUGUGGCGCUGCGCAGCCCUUCGACAUACAGCCGUACACGAGGCGGUGGCCAUUGCAGAGGCAGCAGCAGCAGCAGUCCUCACCCGCAAUCCCCUCCUCUCCUCCUGUUGAUGAUGAUGAUGUCGGUAUGGGUGAGGGAGAACUCGCGGAGUGCGGUGUGGAGUGGCGGCUGCGCGGGGGCCUCACGAUUCGCAUUCCCGCGCAGAAGGCGCGUGCACUCCUCGCGGAGCUUGUUACUGCGCGGGAAACACUCCGGCACGCGUGGACGCCGCCAUCUGUGUGAGAUGGUAGGGGUGGGGACAGCGAAGGAGUGCGGGCACUCACAAUACAUACAUGCACACGGACGUGGGGCUGGCCGCAUGUCACCGCACCGAUGUUGUGCUUUAUCGUCACUGCAAGCAGUUUUUCUUUGCAAGGCGAGCGAAUAG